GUCACAAAACCUAAUAAAAGAGUAGUAUUAUUUUUGAACAUGGAAACCCAAAUUCAGAACUAUCAUUCUUUGUACUUCGUGCUACUUCAUUAUUAAAGGGAAUAAUGUCUAACUCUAUUAAAAAAUCCAAAGUGUAAAUUUUGAAAAUUUAAUGAAUUUUAAUUUUUGAUAAUUCUAAAAAUAAUUGUACAAAAGUUAAGGCCAAAUAUUGUGAAAAAAGUCGUAUUUUUUGUUUUUUUUUUAACUAUAACUACUUCCUCUCUUGUUUUGGGUAACCAUUUUUCUUUGGAGCGAUCAGUUCCUUCAUCAAUGGUGACUGUAAAUCUGAAGUGGCUGCUAAUAUUGUCAGCAUUUCUAAGAGUGUUUUUGAUAAUUUACGGUGAAUGGCAAGAUACCCAUAUGGAGGUUAGAUAUACAGAUGUAGACUAUCUUGUUUUCUCAGAUGCAGCUGCUUUAGUGGCUGCUGGAAAGUCUCCUUAUCAAAGAUCUACAUAUCGUUAUUCACCCUUAAUUGCUUUUCUUCUUGUGCCCAAUUCUUUCAUCCAUCCUUCUUGGGGAAAGUUUAUUUUCUCCUCUUCAGAUCUUCUCGUGGGAUUUCUCAUCAAUGCCAUUCUGAAGCUAAGAGGGGUGCCUGAGAAAUUGUGCACUUAUUCAGUGAUGGUAUGGCUUUUGAAUCCAUUUACCUUUACCAUUGGAACUCGUGGGAAUUGUGAACCCAUCAUCUGCGCCAUAAUCCUUUGGAUUAUAUUAUGUCUAAUGAAGGGUCGUUUAGUACAAGCUGCAUUUUGGUAUGGGCUUGUCGUCCACAUCAGAAUCUAUCCAAUAAUUUAUGCUCUUCCGAUCAUUUUAGUUCUUGAUCCCCUGUUCUUCCAGUAUGGUACAAAACCUGCUCUUGUGAAUUGGAGUUCUAGAAAAAGCAAGUCACAGCAGACUUCGAGCUGUAAAAAACUUAUCGAUCCUUGUUGUAUAUGCAACUUUUUAACAAGCCUUUUCACCUGGAGGAGGAUAAUGUUUGGGCUUAUUUCUGGAGCUCUGUUCUUUCUCCUUACGGGGCUUUUCUUCUUUUUAUAUGGCUGGGACUUCUUGCAUGAAGCACUGCUCUAUCAUCUUACACGUGCAGACCCAAGGCACAACUUUUCAAUUUAUUUCUACCAUAUAUAUCUGCACUAUGAACAUGAGUUAUCAAACUUGGAAAAGCUCGUCUCAUUUCUGCCUCAGAUUAUAGUGCAGCUAGUUCUUGUUUUCCGCUUUGCGCAGGAUUUUCCAUUUUGCUUCUUUGUGCAGACUGUGGCAUUUGUUGCGUUUAACAAGGUUAUGACUGCUCAAUACUUUGUUUGGUUCUUCUGUCUCUUGCCACUAAUCCUACCAUGGACCAACAUGAAGCUCGGAGGAAAAGGAUUGGUCUGCAUCUUGGUGUGGAUGGCAGCUCAGGGUCACUGGUUAUUGUGGGGUUAUUUGCUUGAAUUUAAAGGAAAGAACGUCUUUCUUCAACUCUGGGUGGCAGGCUUGCUAUUCUUGGCUGCAAAUACUUUCGUUCUAAUCAAUAUUAUCCAGCAGCAUACAUAUAGUCCAAUCUUCCAAGUCCACCAGUCAUCUCGUGCCACUUCAAAGAAACAUGUCAAACAGAGAUGAGGAAUCAGAUCAUAUACAUCCUAAUUCAGAUCAUCACAUGGGUGGGAGUUUUCGAGCUAUUAGUGUAGCCAUGUUCGGGACUUGUAGAGCCUUUCAUCAUCAAGCAAAGCACUUGACUUUUUCAUAGCUCCAAAAUGGGUGCUGCUUAAAGUUAGAACUGUCUGCGCUGAAGAUGUAGCAAGAGAUCUUAAUGACAUUAUUUUUUGAACUUUUGGUCAUGUUGUGUAGUGCAUACUUCACUACAAUAGCAAUUUACAAAUGUCUAUUGCAAUUUUGUUGCAUUUAGUAUAGUUGAAUAUUUAUUAAUUCCAGUUUACUUCUCAUUUUAGUUUGUUUUUCAUUUCACACCCUUGCUAGAGUUAAGCUAGCUAGAGGAGUGAUGUCACAUCAUUUCCAUCUGCAUAGCUUGCUUAAGUUUCUCUGUAAAGCCAAUAUUAUUGGUAUAAUAAAGAUAUCUCUUUUUCUGUUC